AUGGAAGAACCAGUGCUAGAUGAAUCAAAAUCUUUGUGCAAUACUCCAAAGGAUUCUGGGACACCAGCUCCACAGAGGCCUAGCUCAGGGAAACGGCCCAUGAGUGCAGCUCUGAGGGAGCGAUUAAGGAAAACAAGACGUUCAUUUAAUGCUAAUGUUGCAGUGGCAAAGCGGCUCAAAAUAGGCACUGAAGAAAAAGACUGUGCUGAAAAAGAGUGCAUGCCAAAGACAGAUUGCUCCACAUUACAAGAUGGUUCUGAAAAUCCAGAAAGAAAUGGCACUGGACAUGCAUGUUUCAAAAGCCCCUUACAGGAAACCAAUCUCUCCAGAUCAGCAGAGAAGUCUCAUGUGCUACAGGCUGAUCUUAGUCAGCAACAGUCCCUGGAAGAAAAAGUAAGACUGGUGAAACAAGUGCAAGAGAAGGAAGACCUACUUCGAAGGCUCAGAAUGGUUAAGAUGUACCGAUCUAAGAACAACCUGUCUGAACUGCAGGCUUUGAUAGCGAAAUGGAGAAGCAGUACCCAGCUGAUGCUGUAUGAACUACAGUCAGCCUUUUCUGCAGAUGGCAAGAAAGUGAGUCUCACUCAGCUGAUAGACACAUUUGGAUUAGAAGAUCAGUUAUUGCACUACAGCAGAACAGAAGAAGAUUUUGUAGAUGCAUAA